UUAGGGUUUUAGGGGUUCUUGUAUUGUAAUGUACUAGUACUUUUUUUUUUUCAAGAUUCUUCUUUUUUUUUUCUUUCCCAAUUUGGAAGUUCAUUUUCAAUUUGAUUGAAUUAGCUUAAUGGGGUUUUCAAGAAUUCAUCAUUAAGUACCAAGAAUGGUCCUUAUGUUUCAAUUCUUGAAAUUGGCUUAAUGGGGUUUUCAAGAAUUCAUCAUUGAAUUCCAAGAAUUGUCUUUUGUUUCAAGACUUGAAAUUUUUCUCUGUUUUUUCACUCUGUUUUUUUUUACUCAGUAUAAAAAUGUCAUCUUGUUUGACUGGUGGUGGUGGUAGAGCAGCUUAUAAAUUAGAUUUAGAGAUAAUAAAAUCUCCAUCUACUUCAUGGACUUCACAAUCAUCUUCACCUUCUUCAACAUUAUCAGAAUCAAGUAAUUCCCCUAUUGCAAUCUCUACUAGAAAACCUCGAACACCUCGAAAAAGGCCUAACCAAACCUAUAAUGAAGCAGCAACUCUUCUAUCCACAGCUUAUCCCAAAAUAUUCUCAACAAACCACCUUACUAAGCCUUGCAAAUUCACAAAGCCACAUGACUACCCCUUUUCAUUUGAGUCCUCAGACUUGGUUGUUGUACCUUAUCAAAUCAUCGAAAACUCGGGUUUUUUACUCCAUCCACCAUUGAUUGAAAAACCCGAUUGCCCAAUUGAGCACAAGUCAAUGCAUUCUUGCGAAAAACCAUGUCAAAGUCCGAGUGAAAUCGACUCCAAAGGGAGUAGUUCAUUAGAUGUGUGUGAAGAAUUUCAGGAAGAUUUUGAUGCUGAAUCUAUUUUAGAUGAGGAAAUUGAAGAGGGUGUUAUUGAUAACAUCAUGGGGAAGUUAAAGGUUGAGAAUGAGCCAAAGAAUGAGUCCAUAUUUUGUUAUAGUUAUAGUCAUAGUUAUAGCAAGCGCCACCAGAAUAAUAAUUCUGGUGGCACUUGCUAUGGUUUUCCUAUAGGAUUAGGAUUCGAAAAUGGGUACCAACAUUAUGAUUUUGGUAUGAUGAGGAGUGGGGUGAGACCAUUGAGAAAUGUUGAUGAUGGUGAUUGGUGGAGGUACACUUCUAGUGUAAACGUUAUCGACAUUACUCCGAAAUUUAGCAAACCACCAAUAGAAAAGAAGAAAAAGAAAGUCGAAAGACUCGUGGAGUUGAGAGGGGGCGCGGAAUCAUCAUCAUUAGGUAAAGAUAAUUCGAUUACAAAGAAGACGAAUAAGGUGAAUUCAAAUCAAUCAAUCAAAGAUGAAGUCAUCGAUCUUCCUAAACCAAAAUCGGGCUUGUUACUAAAAUUGAACUUCAACGACGUUCUUAACGCGUGGUCCGAUAAGGAAUCGCCGUUUUCCGAUGAAAUGCCGGGAUCGGAGGCUGCCGGAAAUGAUGUCCAAGCUAGAUUAGCACAAAUAGACUUAUUCUCAGAGAAUGGAGGAAUUAGAGAGGCUAGUGUGUUACGUUACAAAGAAAAACGACGUACUCGUUUAUUUUCUAAAAAAAUUAGAUAUCAAGUUAGAAAAGUCAAUGCGGAUCGACGACCCAGAAUGAAGGUAUUAUUAUUAUGAAGAAAUCAACUUAUAUACGUUGACAAUGGUAGGUUUGUGAAAAGCCCAAAUUCACCAGAGGAUGACUAGGAUGAACAGCUUUUUGUAUGACAUUAGAGUGAAUGAUUUUUCUAGAAUUAUAAGGAUUUUUUUUUCCUUUUCUUUUUUGGGUAUUUGCAAUUUUGUUUCUUUUAUUUCAUUUUUUUUUUAAAAGAAAAAAGUUAUUCUCCCUUGUUACAUUUAGAAUAAAGUACCAAGGAAGAUAGACUAGUUGAGAAUAAGGAAUAUGAAGCAGAAUAGUUGAAUUUC